UGUGUGAGUCACUGCCGUACAGACGAGAAGCGAUCGGUCGCCGACUAGCAGCACAGCAGUCGUACCAACACACCACACCUUUUGUCGGUCUCCUGUCGAGAGCUUCCGUCUGCUAGAGACAAGCUAAGAUUCCUUCCUGCCUUUCGGUAUCAUCGGCCGCGGGCCUGUCGAUCUCUGAGCCCGAGUUCGGACUUGCCUUGUUCCUGCAAAGUUCCUGGACCAGACGGUCGCGUCGCGGCGAUCGCCCGGUUUGUAAGCGUUUGCAGUGUUGGCUAAUCACGUCGACCUACAAACCGUGAGUGCGGAAGCUCGCCGGUUGUUUCCCAAGAAAUCUAACGUCCUGAUCGGACCGCCACCGGGCCGUUAUGUAGCGGACACCCACCGGCCUGUCCCGCGCUCUUAUUUGGGAGGUGGGUGUUUUGAUAACCCGUGCACGAAGAGCGGUGAGCUCACGGGUCCGGCAGCAACUAUGGCCUCGGCACCGGUCGAGUUGGACGGGGACGUAGACUGGAAGGCACGAUGCCUGACUCUGGAGGGUCAACUCAUCAGAUUCAAGUCCCAGGCCAGUCGGAUACGGGAACUGCUGGCUGAAAAGAUGCAGGAGCUGGAAAGGAGAGUGCAGGAGGCUGAUGCUAAGGCAGACAAAGCAGAGGAGCAGUUACGAGUGAUGGAGCAGAAGCAGGUGACCCAGAACAUCGACGUGCGGCAGUCCACCAGCGCUCUGUUCGUGCGCAUCCAGGAGCUGGAGACAGCCUGCAGGGAGAAGGAUGACGUCAUCGUCAAGUUAGAGAUACAGCUGGAGGAACAGAAGGAACUUCGUGCUCAGGAAGGAGAGAUGGUGGAAAAGAAGGCAGCUAAGAUUAAGGAAUGGGUUUACAACAAGCUGGGAGAGUUGGAAGAGGAGAAUGAGCGACUGCGCCGCACUCACCAACAGUCCAUGUACGCUCUGGAGUCCCUGCAAAAGAAACUGCAAGAAAGCCAGACCAAGUCUGCAGUGGUGCCUGCCAGCGGUUGCAGCUCACCUGGCCCAGCAGGUGUGAGUGGAGGCGUCCCGCAAGUGGCCCGGCCCUCCAGCCCGUCUGUCCCACCUGCACCUCACACCUCCAUGGUCCGAGACCACGAGCCUGACGGAGAGGCCACCAUCAACUUUUCCGAGCAGGACAGAGUAUUAGAGACUGACCUGGACAAGCCAGAGAACUUCAUUCUGAACGCCGUGGAUGAUUUUGAAGAGGAGAAAAUGGACCUGGAGAGUGAGUGUGCCCUGACGCCUGUCUCGUCCAGACACGAGGACAGCCUGAUCGAGGAGCAGAUGUACAAAAAGUUUGAGCUGCAGAGGUUGGACUCUUCCUCGUCUUCCAGUGAAUCACAAGCUAAGAUAUCACCAGUGGAAAGGCCACUAAGCCCUCUACCCCCAGAAGCCCCACCCUCCACUCCUGAGAACGGUCCCCCCACCCCCCUCCCUGGCACCGCUAGCAUGACUUUACCCAGGAUGAAGGAAAACCUUCACUCCUCGACAAGGAGAAAGUUAUCACCAGACAAGAGUCCUACCAAAAUCCCAGUUCGCAGUGUGAGCUGCUUCCCCUUGAGUCCUGCCAGACAGAAGUCAGAAAAGCAGGGCCGGAAGUCCAGUACAGAACACAAACUGUCAGAAAAGAUGGAAUUUUCUGUGUCAGCACCUGAAGGAAUUCAGAAGAAGGCUGACAGCUCGUCCCCCAGAGGGAGUCCGGAGAAGAAGCGAUGUGAAAGUUUUGCACCUCAGGGAUCGCAAAACAAGCCCCCCACUCCUCCUCAGCACAGAUUCCCAUCAUGGGAAAACCGAAUAUAUGACCUGGCAAAGGGAGGGAUUCGGGUUUCGGAGAACCUGAACGGAAUGCACAGAUAUUCCAGUAUUCCAGUGUAUCACACAGCACAUGGCCUGUACACAGACCACAGCUUUAAGAGUCUGACAGUUCCAGUUUUCACCACAAUUAAAGGGAAAGCCUCUCAGAUCAGAAACACGCCGUUCACCGAUGAGUCCACGGAUUCCUCGGAGGAGGAGGGUGGGGUGACACCGACGUCGUCCCAUGUCCCUGGGUCGGACCCUACAGGAGCGUCCCCGGCCGGCCCGGGGUCUCCUGCCUCCCUGGCACUGAGGAAACAGGGCAGUCCCAGCAGCUCAGGCGCAGUCAAGAGAGCUGUCUCCAUGCAGUCCACGAGCUCCGACGACUACGCCAUCCCUCCAGAUGCCAUGUCCACCGACAGCGACCAUUCAGAACCAGAGAACAAGCUGCUGAAGACGUGUGCUGCUUACACCACCGAAAACAUGAGAAGGGAAACCUUGGAGAAGUGUGGCUACCUGACCAAACUGGGAGGCAGGUUGAAGUGCUGGAAGAGGAGAUGGUUUGUGCUGAGGAAUGGGGAGCUCUGCUACUACAAGUCACCUAGUGAUGUGCAUCGGAAGCCUCAGGGAAGGAUAGAGCUGGACGGACUGUGCAAGAUUGCGAGAACAGAAGGGAACUGCACUUUUGAGAUUGUGACGGAAAAGAAGACGUACUACCUCACAGCUGACUCCACCUCUGCUAUGGAGGAGUGGAUCAGAGUGCUGCAGAAUGUUUUGAGAAGAUACGCGACCAGCCCACUGUUCGAGCAGGCCCAGGGCAGGCCUGUCAUCAAGGGAUGGGUCACCAAGGUGAAGCACGGGCACUCCAAACGGUGCUGGUGCGUGCUGAAGGGGCGUAUGCUGUGCUACUUUAAACACCAGGAGGACAAGGUAGAGAAGGUUCCUCUUGGUGUGAUAAACAUGCGAGAUGCCAGAGUAGAGGAAAUCGACAGAUCGUUUGACUCGGAUGAGGAAUAUGAGACCAUGGAGAAGGGAGGAUCGACCACACACCACACUGUCUGCAUCACUGCCAAGGACCAGGGCCCAACCUACCUACUCAUCAACAACAAACAGGAGAAGGAUGGCUGGUUAUACCACCUGACUGUGGCUGCAGGCAGCGGGAUGGGAAACAUUGGCACAGAGUACGAGCAACUUAUCGGCAGACUCAUGGACGUGGAUGGGGACCCAGGUAGCGACAUCUGGAAGCACCAGACCCUGUGUUACAGCAAGGAGAGCAUCACCUCAGCCCUAACCACCUUACCGUCUGAAGCUUUGCAAACUGAGGCUGUCAAACUUUUCAAGUCAUGUCAACUCUUCAUCAGUGUUCCUCUGGACUCUCCGGCUAUCGACUACCAUGUCACGUUGGCCCAGAAUGCACUGCAGGUGUGUCUGACCCACCCGGAGCUGCAGAAUGAGAUCUACUGUCAGCUGAUCAAGCAGACCAGCAGACGACCUCAGUUCCCUCAACAAGCCUCGAUACAGUGCUGGCAGCUGUUGUCGAUGUGCAUUCCCCUGUUCCUGCCCAAGCACAUGUUCCUCUGGUACCUCAGGGCACACCUCAGCCGCAACGCUGAUCCCAGGACUGAGGUGGGGAAGUAUGCAGUGUACUGUCAAAGGUCGCUGGAGAGGACGUUGAGAAAUGGUGGCAGAGAGGCCCGGCCCUCCCGCAUGGAGCUGCUGUCCAUCCUGCUGAGGAACCCCUACCACCACUCACUCCCUGUCAGCAUCCCAGUACACUUCCUCAACGGCACAUAUCAGGUUGUAGGGUUUGAUGGCUCUACAACAAUAGAAGAGUUCUUGAGGACGUUGAACACGGAGAUUGGCACUCGGGACUGCUCGCUGUCUGGGUUUGCCCUCUUCACUGAUGACCCUUCAGGACGGGAGAUAGAACACUGCCUGCAGGCAUCAGUAAAGCUGUGUGAUGUGAUCUCGAAGUGGGAACAGGCCCUGAGAGAGCAGCAACCCGGCAAGUUUGAAACCACCAGGAUCGUCAGGCUGACUUACAAGAACAGACUAUACCUGAAGAGCAUGGUGAAGUCAGAGACAGAGAAGGAGCGGUUACUGCUGACAUACCAGGUGAACGAGGAGGUGGUGAAUGGAAGAUUUCCCCUCAACAAAGAGCUGGCCUUGGAGAUGGCUGCUCUUAUGGCUCAGAUUGAGUUUGGUGACCACACCAGCGGAGGCCAGUCCAGCCCUUCCCAGAAGUCCCAGGUGGACCAGGUACUGGAGAGGUUCUACCCCAUGAGGUACAAGGAUGGCUCUGAGGACCAGAUCAAGCUCCUGUGCUUUUGCUGGCAGCUGUUGUCGAUGUGCAUUCCCCUGUUCCUGCCCAAGCACAUGUUCCUCUGGUACCUCAGGGCACACCUCAGCCGCAACGCUGAUCCCAGGACUGAGGUGGGGAAGUAUGCAGUGUACUGUCAAAGGUCGCUGGAGAGGACGUUGAGAAAUGGUGGCAGAGAGGCCCGGCCCUCCCGCAUGGAGCUGCUGUCCAUCCUGCUGAGGAACCCCUACCACCACUCACUCCCUGUCAGCAUCCCAGUACACUUCCUCAACGGCACAUAUCAGGUUGUAGGGUUUGAUGGCUCUACAACAAUAGAAGAGUUCUUGAGGACGUUGAACACGGAGAUUGGCACUCGGGACUGCUCGCUGUCUGGGUUUGCCCUCUUCACUGAUGACCCUUCAGGACGGGAGAUAGAACACUGCCUGCAGGCAUCAGUAAAGCUGUGUGAUGUGAUCUCGAAGUGGGAACAGGCCCUGAGAGAGCAGCAACCCGGCAAGUUUGAAACCACCAGGAUCGUCAGGCUGACUUACAAGAACAGACUAUACCUGAAGAGCAUGGUGAAGUCAGAGACAGAGAAGGAGCGGUUACUGCUGACAUACCAGGUGAACGAGGAGGUGGUGAAUGGAAGAUUUCCCCUCAACAAAGAGCUAGCCUUGGAGAUGGCUGCUCUUAUGGCUCAGAUUGAGUUUGGUGACCACACCAGCGGAGGCCAGUCCAGCCCUUCCCAGAAGUCCCAGGUGGACCAGGUACUGGAGAGGUUCUACCCCAUGAGGUACAAGGAUGGCUCUGAGGACCAGAUCAAGCAGCUGGGCCAGAAGCUUUCCACCAAGUGGUCAGGGUUGAAGGCUCGAAGUCAAACAGACUGUGUCCGCAUCUAUCUGACAGUAGCGAGGAAGUGGCCCUUCUUCGGAGCAAAACUCUUCACUGGCAAGUUGAAGGGCAUAGAAGGCCAGGGUCUGGUGUGGCUUGCUGUGCAGGAGGACAGCAUCAGCCUACUGGAGUACACAACCAUGCGCCUAUUGGUGACCUACAACUACAAGUCUGUGGUGACAUUUGGUGGCUGUAAGCAGGACUUCAUGUUGGUGGUGCACCAGGCAGUGGACAGACCCAUGCAGCAGCAGCAGGAGAUAGGCACCGAGAAGUUCCUCUUCAAUAUGUGCAAACCUAAGAUCCUGGAGAUCACUCUGCUGAUUGCCAGCUUCAUCAACACCAUUGUUCGGCAGCAGGGCCUGACCUGCAAUGGGAAGUCUGGUACGCUGACCCGAACACCAACAUCACCACAGCAGAAACCUAAGGUGUGGGACAUGGAGAGCAAGGAAUGGCCACAGAUCAAAAACAAACAUGGUAUUGUGGGCACCUCAUUCUAUGUGUAGGGAGGCAAACUCUGCAAUCAGACAAUGAAGUCAGGAAAUAUCAUGUGUUUCCUGGAAAACCUGUCAAGAUGUUGGAGAUCUCACCAGUAUGUCUGUAAAAUGAGAGUAGUUAGAAAACCAUCACACUUGGAUCUUGUAGUGGAACCCACAUGUACAGGAAUCUGUGCUAGUACAUGUAUUUGGAAGCAUCCUGUAAAGGACAAUGCAAGAAAGAGCUGAAUUUUAGAUUUUGUUAUCUUAACAUUCUACUAGGAUGUCAUGGUCAUACAGUAAGAAAAAAUCUACAAUCCAGAGCAUAAUAUUCUGUAAGUACAAUGUGUGUUUUGAGACGUAAGACAGAGACACAGUAUAUUACAGAGUGGCUAAACAUACCUAAACGUACCAGGCAGUGGUACCUUGUCUGUAAGAGUGUGAAAAUACCAGUAAGUCUAAUUACAUGUAUACUUGCACAACAUUUGGAACUUCAUGGCUCUAGAAUGGGAUACUACUGAUACCACUUUGUUAGUAACUUGAAGAACAUUAGCAUUAAUAGUAGAUUUUGAUAGUAAGUAUGCUGAUAGUGAUACAAUAUAAUUGGUGGGAUCCAGAGUCAGUAUGAGUAUUCAUUAAGUCGUCACUUUAACCUUCUCCCUGAUGACUUAUACUGUGAGUAAUGUAAAGUUAGUGGAUGAGACAACCCUUGGUAGGGAGAAGGUUAAGCAGAGAGAAGACAUGAAUCGAUGUGACAGUAUUAUGAACAAAACUGGAUGACAUGAUCUGAGAAUGUGGACCUCUAGAUACAUGUGUGUCACCAUAACUAUUUUGUAUGCUGCCACUCAGAAGUAGACAAUUACCUAUAACCAACCAUUGAAGCUCCUUGCUGUAAAAGCUUUGGAUGCAUUUCCCUUGAUGAUCAUGCAUACUUGAGGCAAAGUGCAAUACAGCUCCUUGCAGGCAUGUACACAGUCCACUGAAGCAAGUGUUGUUAAAUUUUAGUUCUUGCAUAUUGUACAACAGCCUUUGUGUGGCUGGUGGUUUGUAGUACAUAGAUAAUGUACUUACUUGAAUAAGCAAAGAUGUGUAGCUAUGUCAUAGACAUACUCUAGCUUUUAUUUGUGUCGCGACAAAAAAGAGUAGUUACUCGUGUCAGAUACAGAGUCCAGGUCCAGCCAAGUGCUGUGUUCUUGUUCUUGCUCAAACUCAUAUCAAUGUACUUCACACAAUUAUCGUCUGUAUCUAUUGGUAGUUGUAUCAUCAUUUAUUUAUGGUAGACAUUUUGAUGUAGGUGCAGAUCAAAAAUGUUUAAUAAGUUACCAAACAUGUUUUAAUCAGUUGUGGAAUGUUUAAAAGGAAUAUUUUAGCAUUUUUGUACAGAGGUUAUCAUGUGUUGCCAAGACAUUUUAUUUUGCAUAUUGAACUUCUUUCUUAUUGUAAAAUGUUGUAUUUCUGUUUUAAUAAUAAAAAAAGCUCAAUGAUGGAACUAAUUUAUGGAGGCAUAUUUAACAUUCUUUUGGGGUUUUUUAUCCAGUGCCUGGUUUGCAUGGAGCACGUUUUAAAACAAUAAAUCCAAGCAUUGAA